UCCAUGCAUAGCCUGCUUGUUGGGGGAAGGGAAAGGGAGGCGUCUUCUCUCAGUCUUCUCUCACAAAGUUCUUCUGCAGCGCAGCUCUUCGUUCUGUGAAGAUAGCGAUGAAUAGUCACAGUGUGCUGUGAUUCCUCACGCAGGCGGGCUGCUAUGUGUGUGUCACAGAGCUAGAGAGCGAGGGGGAGGUGAAAGUUCACCAUGGCUUGACCAUAUCAGGUGACAAUGUGGAAAAGUUUGGCUGCCGCCUCAGAUUACAUUUCUCAAACUCGGAGAAUGACAAGCGGACGGAAAUACAAUGAAGCGGACGGAGAAAACGAAGCGCUGUCGUUCGGUUAUUAUGACGAUGAUGAUGGUUUCGACACAUUCACUGACGGAGACUGCGGCUGUGAUGAAGGAGUGCUUGGCUUCAGUGAUCCGUUCAGCAGUGAGGUGAAACCUCGGAUCCUGCUCAUGGGCCUGAGGCGAAGCGGCAAGUCUUCCAUUCAAAAAGUUGUAUUCCACAAGAUGUCACCAAACGAGACUCUCUUUCUGGAGAGCACUAAUAAGAUUUGUCGAGAGGACGUUUCCAACAGUUCCUUUGUCAGCUUCCAAAUCUGGGACUUUCCUGGUCAGAUUGAUUUCUUCGACCCCACAUUCGACUAUGAGAUGAUAUUUCGUGGCACAGGGGCUCUCAUCUUUGUCAUAGACUCUCAGGAUGAUUAUGUGGAGGCACUGAGUAGACUUCACCUCACCGUGACAAGAGCCUACAAGGUCAAUCCUGACAUCAACUUCGAAGUGUUCAUCCACAAGGUCGAUGGGCUUUCAGAUGACCACAAAAUUGAGAAACAGAGGGACAUACACAAACGAGCCAAUGAUGAUCUAGCUGAUGCUGGUUUAGAAAGAAUACACUUAAGCUUCUACUUGACAAGCAUCUAUGAUCAUUCAAUCUUUGAGGCCUUCAGUAAAGUUGUGCAGAAACUCAUCCCUCAACUUCCCACCCUUGAGAAUCUGCUCAACAUUUUCAUAUCUAAUUCAGGGAUUGAAAAGGCUUUUCUCUUUGAUGUGGUCAGUAAGAUUUACAUAGCAACCGACAGCAGCCCGGUGGAUAUGCAGACCUAUGAAUUGUGCUGUGACAUGAUAGAUGUGGUUAUUGACAUCUCGUGCAUCUAUGGGUUGACUGGCGAUGAAGCAGGAACUCCGUAUGAUAAAGAAUCCAUGGCCAUAAUCCACUUGAACAACACUACGGUCAUGUACCUAAAAGAGGUCACCAAAUUUCUUGCCCUGGUGUGUUUCCUCAGGGAAGAGAGUUUUGAGAGGAAAGGACUUAUCGACUACAAUUUCCACUGUUUCAAGAAAGCCAUAGAGGAGGUGUUUGAAGUGCGCUUGAAAGUGCAGAGGAGUCGGAAGCUUCUGAGCCAGAGGAGGUGGAGCAAGCAGACCGUGCCAAACGGGACUCAGGUGCAUCCUCAUUGAAGGCUUCACACAGACUUCGCUUGCGCUUUGAAUCUUCUUCAGGGCCACUUGUUGCUCUUCAGCAAUCCAAAAUGGUGAUAUAGAUUCCGUUGUGCAUUAAAUAUCUUGCAUGGCUAACUUAGCUGUCCAUGCAAAGUUGUAAAGUAAGCAACUUUUUUGUUGUUUUCAAUAAUAUUUUUUACUCAAAAUCAAUCAACUGUGCUUCAGUUUCUCACAAAAUACAUGGUCGAAGCCAUUUCCAAUGUGCAAGUACAAGUGCAAGAUCAUACAGUACUUUUGUCGCAUUUUUACAGCAAGGCACAAACAUCUUAUUUAACUUCAAAGUGCAUUGUAG